CUUCAGGCGGCGCAGUCUUGCUGCGGCCGUCAUGGAUCGCAGUUGAAUCGUCGUGGGCCGUUUUUAUGGCGUGUAAACUGUCUAAAGUUUCAUUUAAAAUCCAUUAAUUUAAUUUUAUAUGUAACUCAUUCAUUAGAGUAGAUUUAAUAAUUAAUCAAACUUAAUUUGAUAACUUUACCGCGAACAUGGCUGUGAACGUGUGUUUUUGUGUUAAACUGUCCCCUAACAAAAAAUCGAUUUUUGGAUUGAGAAUGAAGAGCCAAAUAUUGUAUUUGGUGUUGUUUGCGAGUUUCUUGGCGUAUACUUCUGCUGCAAGUACGGAAACAUCUUGUGCUAAUGUGAAAAGUAUUUUUGCAAAGAAAGGAAUGAAAUCGAUCGUGGAGUUGGUGACCGAGCAGCCGAAUUCAGAUGCGGACGGUCUGUGCGCGACGCCAGGCUGCUGCGGCGCGGGGUCGCGGGCGCAGCUGGUGCAGCACGCGCGGCUGCAGCUGGAGGGAGCCGUGCGCAGCGAGCUCAACAAGCUGGCGGAGAUACUGGCCACCAGGGCCAAGCGGUUCGACGAAUUCUUCCGCAAACUGCUGAUGCUGUCGCGGGAGGAGUUCCACGCGAUGUUCAAGCGCACGUACGGCAUGAUCUACGAGCAGCACUCCUACGUGUUCGUGCAGCUGUUCGAGCAGCUCGAGAGGUACUACACCCGCGGUGACCUCGACUUCGACGAAAUGAUGGACGGCUUCUUUGGUGUGCUCUAUCAGAAGAUGUUCACAGUACUCAACGCGCAGUACAACUUCGACGAGAAGUACCUGAAGUGCGUGAACGAGCACAUGCGCGACAUCCAGCCGUUCGAGGACGUGCCGUCCAAGCUGUCGGUGCAGCUGCGGCGCGCCUUCGUCGCCACCAGGACCUUCCACAAGGCGCUGCGAGCUGGCUCGGAGGUGGUCCGGAACAUGAUGCAGACAGGGGUAACUCAAGACUGUAUAACAGCGUGGGCUCGCCUGCGGUUCUGCGGCACGUGCGCCGGGCAGCAGCCCCCGGCGUGCAGUCGGUACUGCCACAACGUCAUCAAGGGCUGCCUGCCCACGCACGCUGACUUGGGCGAGCAAUGGGACGCUUAUGUUGAUGCCGUAGAGAAGGUGGCAGAUCGUCUGCUCGGACCAUUCAACAUCGCGAUGGUCGUCGAGCCCAUCGACAUAAAAAUAUCGGAAGCCAUCAUGAGCUUCCAGGAGCGCAACCAGGAGAUCUCGCAGAAAAUCUUCUCCGGUUGCGGGACACCGGUACUGGGAGGGGGCGGCAGCACGGGGCCCUUCUUCGCCCCCGAGAGGAACAGACGCUUCGCGCGCUCCAUACCGGACUUCGAUUGGAUGCAGAAGUCCAACGACGUCGACGACUUUGAGAUCGAGGCCAAUUUCGAGGGUCUCGUGAACGACGACCCGUCGCAGAGUAACCUAUGGACGGCCCAGGGUAUUCGGAAAGCGACGGAGGAAAUGGCGGAACAAGCCAAAUCAAGAACACGUUUUCUCCAGUACAUGAGAGGACAGAUCAAAUUGGAUGAGUUCGAGGAACACGAGAGGAGGAGGAGGGACGCCGACCCAGAGCCGGCGCCCGGUAAUUCCGACAUCGACUUCAAGGCGUACGAUUUCGAUGGUAAACGAGGUUCCAAAAAGAAGAAGCCCACAAGCAGUAAAGCUGAAGAGAGUCAUGGUGCAGAAUCAGGUCCAGCGCUGGAGAAGCUGGUGCGGGAGACGAGGGCGAGGGUACGCGCGUCACGCAACUACUGGCUGCAUCUGCCCGCCGUGCUGUGCACGCCCAUCAGCAUCACCACCGCGCCCUGCUUCAACGGCUCACACGUCGCCAGCUACACAUCGAUAGCGGCGGGCGACGGCAGCGCCGCGCUGGCGUCCAACCCGGAGCUGCGUACGCCGCCCGCGCCCGCGCCGCCCGCCGCCACCGCGGAGGCGCUCCGCGCGCUCACCGCCCGCCUCAAGGACGCCUACAACGGCGUCGAAGUGCAGUGGAAAGAUUCCGCGGAAGACCUGCAGGCGGCGGCGGCGUCGGUGAACGAGUUCGUCGACAACGGCGGCUCAGGGUCAGGCUCCGGAGACGACACCAACGACAACGACGACCUGCCCGACGACGACGAGGACAGGGACGCUGGCAACGACUACCCUGAAGGAUCCGGAGACGGCAGACAGCCGGACUCGGGGACAACGCAGACCGAAUCCAUCAAUCCGCCCUCACCACCGGAAGCACCAGAAGAGCCGAUCGUGCCAAGCAUCAUCGACACCCCUGGCACAAACAACGUGCGAACGGGAAUCCUAGACACACCGCCGGACGAAGACUUGCCAAGCGACAUCGGCAGCCGGGCCGGAUCCGACCCGGCGUUGGAAGAACCGGUGACCGGUUCUGCCGACCGACCUUCGCUACACAACGCACUGUUCACAUAUGCGUUACCAGUUGUUUGUGCGUGGUUCGGAACUAUUGUCACCGAUCUAUUCUAAACUCAAUCAACGCAUUGGCGACGUCCUGUUCACGCGUACGAUUAUAAUAAUAAUUUAUUAUAGAAUAGUUCGCACAUACGUAAUGGAAAUCACUAUUUAUUUUGUCAACGUUACUAAUUUAAUGACCCAGUUAAUAAACGUGGUUAUUGAAGUAAAGAAGAAAUUUAAUUUUAAAUGAUUAUUUAAUAUGAAAGUUUAAUUAAUAGUCCGUAAAUUUAUGAAUAGUCCGUAAAUUGGGAAUAGUCCAAUUUAUUUUUUAAUAUUUUUCCAAUAAAUAACAAGUGGCGAAAAUGCAAAAAAGAAAUUGUUUUGAUUCAUAAUUUAUGAAUAGUCCGAAAAUUGGGAAUAGUCCAAUUUAUUUUUUUAUAUUUUUCCAAUAAAUAACAAGUGGCGAAAAUGCAAAAAAAUAAAUUGUUUUGAUUUAUAAUUUUACGUGCAAGCAUUAUUAAUGAUUUCUUUAACUUUUAUUUUUAUGAAUUGAUGGAUCAAUUUACUUUUUGUCGCGUUUUUUUAACAAGAUGUCAUUAGUUAGUAACAAUCAGGAUCGCGAAACGCGACGUCGCCAUAUUGAUGAGAGUACGUGUAAAGUUAGAGCCUAGUCAGUGCGAGACGCGAGUGACGGUGAAGUGGGCGAGCUGCGGACGUAGCGAACGCUCCUGUGAUAUGAAACGUGUGGACAGAAUAUACGAUGGGACUACAGACUCUCAACAAAUUAAAAAAUUAAAUAUUUACACAGUGAAAUGUGUAGUGUUAAUUUAUUUUCUUAAAUGGACUAUUCGGUUGUCGGAUAAGUGGUCGACAAUAACAGUGAAUUUAAUUACCUAAUUAUUUUCUUUAUAUUUUCUCAUCAUAAAUAUUAGGUCGCAAUUUCCAAAAAACUUUUUAGGAAAAAAAAAUAUGACAGCCAAAUCGUGUAUUUAUUUAAAUGAUCUUGUAAAUAUUAACUGUAAAUUAUGAUCGGAUUAGAUAGCGAAUGUUUUUGAUUCACGUACAGAUUUUUGUAUGGAAAUUUGUGUUUAUCCCGGUGUUACAUUAUUUGUUUUCUUGUGAACCAUUUCUGUUCACUCUUACGGAGAUUUAAAUAUUUAGAAGUAUUCUUGUAAUAUCAUUAGUAAAUUCAUCAAAUCAGAAUGCGCUGCGAUAUGACAAUAUUUCCUUCACACAAUAAUAUAUCAUUCAUAGUAUUUUAAUAAAAUAUCGCUAUGGCAGUAACUGCGCAUAAGUAUAAUUAUUGUCAAUUCAGAGAUAAAGAACGCUUCUAACUAUUUAAUUUUUUGGAUAAGAAAACAUGAUGAGUUUUUUUUGUAAAUAUUCUUGGCGGGAAAAAAUGUCUAUAUUCUAGUUUCGGAGGUCAAAAAAUAUUUAAACUGUACAUAUAAUUUUAAUCUUACAUAAUAAGCGUAAGUUAAGACUGAUUUGCUUUUGAUAUUUUUGUCUUUUCGAGUAUAAUACAAUCAUAAGAAAGAUAACCUGUGUAAUUUUGGUAUUGUAAGAGUUUAAACUGACGGUUUUAUGUACCUACUUAUAAGUAAUCUUUAUAUUUGAGUUACAUUUCGUUAAAUCAAUAGACUAUUUGCAAAAUUAAUAUGCAAGAAUUUCUUUAUAUUUAAGUACAUAUUUAAUAUUCAAUGAUAGUUUAAACUACGAAUAGUUCAAUUCAAUAUAUUUGAGUAAAAUACACUUAAAAAUAAGCUAUUCUUUCGAAACGGUUUUCUUUUGAUUGUGCUAUACUUGGCAUUUCCAUCGGAUUAAGAUUAACCGACUGACGUAUAGUUAAUUUUGCUUUAUUAAUUUUAUAUUUUUUACUGUAAUGACGCAAUUUUACAUUUUGUAAUUUAGGUUUUUUUUUAUUAUGUUGGCUUCAGCUUUACUUUUGCUAUACAUAGAUAUUGUAAAUGAAUUUCCAUUUUAAGUUUACAAUGCGUUAAAACUUAGUAUUAGUAAAGUAUAAAUAAAUUAUAUUAUAUAUAUUGAAUACAUUGGAAAAUUGUAGAUUUUUAUAAAUAACAUAUAUGUCAACCCAGUGUACUGGCAUAUUGUUUUGACUAUGCAGUAUAUGAUAGUUCUAGAACCAUCGCGAGUAAUCUACUUUGUGACUUCACACCCAAAACAAUUUUAAUAUCGAAUUUACAAGUAAGAUGAGAUGAGAUUGGGCUACCUGUGUGAAAAAAAGACAUACAAGUUGAUCUCAAUAGGUACUAUAGUUAUAUUUUAUAUCUCUCAUUGGCAUACAUGAAGCAUCCUUUUUCAAUAUCGAUAUUCGAAAUACUGGUUUAAAUAUUAUCUCCAAACAGCCUUGAUUGGGAUGGUUAUAUGAGAGAGAGAUGCUGUACCUUAAUUUGUCUUUGAAGUUUAAUAAAUGAAUUUUAUAAUGUUUUCUAUUUCUGUCGCAAUAUUUUAGAAUUUUAGCAGUGAUUGCAUAGUCGAAGCUUUAUGUCGAUUAUUUAUUUUUACCUUAAUAAACUAUUUCACAUGCCAUACUUAUAUUGUAUUUUUCAUUUAUUGAAGCGCACAACAAUAUUUAUAUUAUAAAUAACUGUUUAUAUGAAAUAAAGUCGCAAUAGAUUUAUAA